AUGGAGAAGGAUCAGCUUGUUCAGCUACUGCAGACCAGUCAAGUUCCCAACACGGAACAGGUCAAGGCCGUAACGGCCGAUCUUCAAAAGAACUACUACUCUAAGCCUGAGUCUCUCCUCUUGCUCAUCGAGAUUGCUCUCACCCAUUCAGAUGGUGCCAUCCGACAGCUUGCCGCCGUUCAGGCCCUCCGACUAGCCCCAAGGCACUGGGACAGCACUGCCCAAGAUAAGAAGCCUCUGGCUCGCUCCCACUUGCUCGAGGGCGCCUUGAAGGAGGGCGCUACCACUCUCCGUCACGCCCUCUCCCGUCUCGUCGCCGGUAUUGUCGGCCUUGAUAUGGAGAAUGGCGACGCUGACGAGUUCCUCCAGCAGCUCCUGCCUCUUAACAACAGCGACAAUGUUCAGUCAAGAGAGGUCGGCUCCUUCAUACUCUUCUCCAUGCUGGAGGAGAACCCCCACCACUUCGAACAGCACACCCACCAGCUCCUCCAGCUGUUCCAGGCUCGUAUCGAGGAUCCCGAGAGCAAGGAGGUUCGCAUCAACAUCGUCAAGGCUGUUGGUGCCAUCCUGAUGAAUAUCGAGCCCGAUGAGGACCCCCAGUCUCUCAAGGCUGUUCAGGGAUUCAUCCCCAAUAUCGUCAACAUUCUGAAGGCUGCUGUCGAGGCUGAAGACGAGGAGAGCUACAGAACCAUAUUUGAGAUCUUCCACUCCUACUUGGCAUGUGAUCCCAGUUUCCUGGCUGCUCACCUUCGGGACCUGCUUCAGUUCAUGAUCAACCUUGCAGCGAACACAAAUGCAGAGGACGAUUCUCGUACCCAGGCCCUUAGCUUGCUGAUUCAGUGCGUUCGAUAUCGUCGAAUGAAGAUUCAGGGGAUGAAAGAAGUUGCCGCCGAGCUCAUGGUCAAGGCCAUGCAGAUCAUCACCGAGCUUGACGAUGAUGAUGAGGAUGAGGACAUGUCUCCUGCCCGCACCGCCAUCAGCCUGGUCAACGCCCUCGCCACCGAACUUCCCCCCCGCCUGGUCGCCGUGCCCAUGCUUGACCAGUUCCCAGGCUAUGCUGCCCACUCCGAGUCGGGCUAUCGCAUGGCCGCCAUCCUCUCCCUCGGAAACGCUGCUGAGGGUGCACCCGAGUUCAUCUCCACCCAGCUCCAGCCUCUCCUCCCUACCGUCAUAAACCUGCUGUGUGAUACAGAUAUCCGUGUCCGCCAUGCUGCUCUUGUUGGUCUCAUCCACUUAGCGGAGGAAAUGGCUGACGAGAUGUCUUCACACCACGAGCAGAUCAUCUCUGCCGUCUUGAAGAAUCUCGAGUCUGCUUCGCAGGCCGCCACCGAUAAGAAGAGCAUCAGCAUUGUUCGUUGCGCCUGUGGUGCCCUCGACACUUUUGGCGAUGGCAUCGACACCAAGAUCAUGGCCCAGUAUGGCCCUAACUUGAUUGGUCCCAUGAUCAAGCUUCUGGACCACGAUGACUAUGGUGUCAAGGCUGCCGCCGCCUCGGCGGUCGGCGCCAUUGCCUCGUCAAUGGACAAGGAGUUUCAGCCUUUCUUUGAGGGUGCUAUGAAAGCGCUCGGACGCUUCGUCAUGCUCAAAGAGUCCGAUGAAGCCAUGGACCUACGCAGUGCUACAUGCGACAGCUUGGGACGAAUCGCUAUUGCUGUCGGCCCUCAGGCUUUCCAGCCAUAUGUUGUGGACUUGAUGAAGGCAAGCGAGGAGGCUCUACACCUCGACAACCCUCGCCUGAAGGAGACCAGCUUCAUUUUGUGGUCGAACCUGUCCAAGGUGUAUGGUACCGAUUUCGAUCACUUCCUUGAGGGCAUCUUCAAGGGCCUUUUCGCUUCUCUCGAGCUUGAAGAAGAGGAGAUUGAUCUGCCCGGAGUUGACCCUAGCCAGCUAGCUGAAGGUGCCAUUAUCGGUGGAAAACGUGUCAAGCUCAAGGCCCCUGGCUCUGAGGAAGAUAAAAUCAUCGCCAGCGGCGGCGAGGACGACUGGGAGGACGUGAAUGACCUUGCUGACCUCGAGGAUUUCGGCGCCGUUACUGCUGUUGCCCUUGAACAGGAGAUUGCUAUUGAUACCCUUGGCGACGUGAUUUCGAACUCUUGCAACACCAACCAUUUGGAAAGCUACGUCGAGAAGACGAUUGAGCAGAUCAUUCCUUUUGCCGAUCACACCUAUGAGGGAUGCCGCAAGAACGCCAUCUCUACCCUUUGGCGCAUUUACAGCCGUGUGUUCCAGGUUUGGGAAGAGAGCUCCGGCUCCAAAUGGCGACCUGGUAUGCCUCCUAAUCCUGCUCCUCCCUCAUCCAUUGCCAAAAUCAGCGAGGCUCUACAUAAAGCUACCAUGGAUAUCUGGACCAGCGAUAGCGACAGAUCCGUCAUCACCGAGAUUAAUCGCAACGUUGCUGCCACUCUGAAGGCUUGCGGCCCUGCUGUUCUCGUGGCCAAGUCCGAAAUGCUUCAGGAGGUCGUCUCCGUUGUUAGCUCCAUCAUCACACGCUCACACCCGUGCCAGCAAGAUCUCGGUGCCGAGGACGAGGAGCAGGAGAUUGAUGCCGGCUCAUCUGAGUACGACUGGCUGGUCAUCGACACCGCCUUGGAUGUUGUCUGCGGUCUGGCCGCAGCUCUGGGAACCCAAUUCGGCGAGCUUUGGAAGAUCUUCGCAAAGCCCGUCCUGAGGCUAGUCAGCUCGACUGAGGAUGUACACCGAGCAACUGCUGUCGGCACUAUCGCCGAGGUCGCCAAGUACGCCGGCGAGGCCAUCACCGAGUUCACCGAGUCUUUGACCCAGGCUCUGGUCCGCCGCCUGUCAGACCAUGACCAGCUGACCAAGUCCAACGCCGCCUAUGCUCUUGGCCUCCUCAUCCUCAACUCCAACGACACCGGCAAGACCGUCCCUCUCUAUCCUCAACUCUACGAAAAGCUCGAGCCCAUGCUCUCUGCGCACGAAAUGCGCAUCACCGACAAUGUUGCCGGCUGCCUGUGCCGCAUGAUAAUGAAGCACCCCGACAGUGGAUUUGUCGAGCAGGCCCUGCCCGCCAUCGUCCACGUCCUUCCCCUCACUGAAGAUUACGAAGAGAACGAACCCAUCUUCCAGUGCAUCUACAAGCUGUACGACCAGUCCAACCCCACCGUGCAGCAGCUGACACCCCAGCUGGUGGGCAUCUUUGAAAAGGUCCUGGGAGAGCCUGAGGAGCAGCUGGAGCAAGAUACCCGACAGAUGGUGCAGCGCAUGGUGCAGGCCCUGAGGUAG